UCCCCCUUGAACUUCCAUCCUUGCUGGUGGCCUUGGCAUGUCAUUCCUGGCCCCCAGCCUCCAUUUCCUCAUCUUUAAAUGGGUAUAAUAAUAGUCCCCCUGCAAGGAUUAAUUGAGGGAUCUGUGUAAAGCAUUUAGCUGCCAUAAAUGCUGGCGAUUGUUGCUGGCACGCAGCCACGGCCCUGGGGUCAGAGAGUGCCUGGUGAGCUCAGAACUCCAUCUUCCCUGCUGGUGGCCCUGCCUGGGCGCCCCACCACCACUCCACCCUCCCAAGCGGCCGGCUCCUGAUCCCACAGGACUUAGCCACGCCCCAGCCCACCCCACUAAUAAAUACACAGCCACCUUGCCCUGCCGCCCUCUAGCACUUUCCAGUCCUCUGGAGUCGCAGCCACUGCCGCACCAUGUGGUCUCAGUGCUUCGCACUCAUGGUCUUUGCCCUCGAGCUCACCUUCCUCGUAAUGCCGCUGGUGCUGCGCGCAGACUCCGAGGGCGCCUGGUGCUAUGACUCCCAGGACCCAAAGUGUGGCCCCUCCCACUGGAAGGAGAUAGCCCCUGCCUGUGGGGGCCCAGCCCAGUCCCCCAUCAACAUUGACCUUCACCUGGUCCAGCGGGACCCCACCCUCGGACCCUUCGUCUUCCAUGGCUAUGACUCAGCACCUCCAGGCCCAUGGACCCUGAAGAAUGAUGGCCAUACAGUGCUACUCCACGUGGACACUGGCCCGCAGAGCCGCCUGGAGUUGCAGGGUGCUGGGCUGCCACUGCCUGCCUACCGCGCACUACAGCUGCACUUCCACUGGGGGGGCCCUGGGCGAGCAGGCUCAGAGCACAGCCUGGAUGGGCAGCGCCACCCCAUGGAGAUGCAUGUGGUCCACAUGAACACACGGUACCGGAGCAUGACGGAGGCUCGAGGUCACCCUGAUGGGCUGGCAGUGCUGGCUGUGUUGUUGGCGGAGAAGGACUCGGACAACGCCAACUUCUCCGCCCUCGUGUCGGGCCUGAAGAACGUGUCUGCGCACGGGGUCUCGGUGGAUCUGGCGUCCACCUUCCCGCUGGCCUCGCUGCUGCCGGGCGCCUCCGGCCUCUCGCGCUACUACCGCUACUCGGGAUCGCUGACCACGCCCGGCUGCGACCCCGCCGUGCUCUGGACCGUCUUCGAGGACGCGGUGCCCAUCGGGCGCGCGCAGGUGGCCCAGUUCCAGACGGUGCCCCGGGCCGGGCCCCCGGGCUCGCAUCCCGCGCCGCUCACGGAGAACUUCCGCCCGCAGCAGCCUCUCGGGGGGCGCAGGGUCUCUGCCUCCCCUGGCGCCUCCGUCCGCGCGGCAGCCCCACCCCUCGCACCCACCCUGGCCCGCGUGCGCGGGGCUCUGCUGGGCCUGUGGUUCAGCCUCUGGCUCCGGCAGGGCCCCUAGGA